ACCGGAAGUGGCUUUACAGUCAAACGGGCCGACCUACGACUUGGAGCUGGCUGACCGGGUUCAUACGACAUUAUGAAUAUAACUAGCUAACAUCAGUUAGUUUGUUGGCUUUAGGCUCAACAAACAGACAACUAAUAUUUAUUAGCUUAGCAUUAAAGUAGCAGCAACUACAGGAUCACCCCAGACUGUGGAUGGAGUCAGCACCAAACUUUUCACUGAUUUGUAUAAUCACAGCGAGGGACCUCAGGGUUUGGGAUUCACACCAUCCUGCACAUCAGCAAGAGAAAAAUGGUCAAGUAUUUCUGUAGCAGCACCGACAUCAGGAGUGCUUGGGACCAUGUUGUCUCUGCUUUCUGGCAGAGGUACCCAAACCCAUUCAGCACCCAUGUUCUCACGGAGGACGUCGUGUACCGAGAGGUAACAGCAGACCACCGGCUCCUCUCCAGACGGCUUCUAAUGAAGACCAAUCGAUUGCCUCGCUGGGCGGAGCGAUUCUUCCCCUCCGGCAUGUCUCGCUGUGUGUACAUCAUCGAGGACUCCAUCGUGGACCCAGUGAACAAGAGCCUGACCACCUACACCUGGAACCUCAACCACACAACUCUCAUGUCUGUUGAGGAGCGUUGUGUUUUCCAAGGCUCAGUGGAGCAUCCAGCGACCACACAGCUGAAACGUGAGGCGUGGAUAUCCUCGAGCAUUUAUGGCUUCUCCAAACCCAUUCAGGAGUUUGGUUUGGCUCGCUUCAAGAGCAACCAGGUGAAGGCCAUGAAGGGGCUGGAAUAUGCGCUGUCCAACGUGCAGGGAGAGACACCCCAGCGGCUGCUCAGGGACACAGUGAAGGACGCAUCAGAGAAGGCCAAAGAAGCAGCCAAGACGCUGGCUUCAGCUGCUGCCGUCCCACAGAAACCCCGGCAGUUUGUCUGAAAGCACUUUGUGUGUGUGUGUGUGUGUGUGUGUGUGUGUGUGUGUGUGUGUGUGUGUGUGUGUGUGGACUCGGCACGAUUGCCUUUGAUCAUCUCGAUCAUCUUGAAGUUUUGCUGUAUGCUCGCUGUUUACGAUUUCUCUUAAAAAGAAACAGCCUGACUCCUCUGUCGGGUUACCUCUGCUGACUGACUUCUACUACUACUUCUUCUCUUUGCUUUCAGAAAAUCUCAGGUGCUCGACCUUCGUGUGAACCCUGCUGCCUUUCAGACCAGCAGCACCUCUCUCUGCUUUAACCGGUCUAGGCCGCUUAUUUUCCAAAUCUGCUGUCAAAGACGAUAAUGACGAUGUUUUUAAUCAGCACGUAUGCAUUCUUCUCAUUGGCUCUUUCACGUUUAUUAUAUUUAUCAACAUAUCAUUUAUUAUUGAGCUCCAGCUAAAAGCUCAAAUUAGACCAAAUCACGGUCAUGUGACUUUGUAAUUUUAAUUUAACUUCAGCGGUUAGAGUUAUCAGAGCCGUGUUUGUAGUUGAAUGCUUAAUUGUACUGAAAUGCUUUACGGUUCAUUUUUUCAGGUUUGAGACUGCAAUAAACUGCAGAGAGUAUCUGUUACAGGUGUCGGCACACGGCGUCUGCUGUAAUAUCGUUCGUAUGUUUGGAAAACAUAUAUGUUUCUGCUAGCAGGUCUGUACUGAUGCACAGAUAAUCACAAGAAAAAGUUAAGCUAAUAUUAAAGCUUUAGUAAAGCUUCUUUACUGUUGAAGUUUAUUUUAUUGUAAACCAGGGGUGUCAAACUCUUUAUGUUGUGGCAGCAUAGAGAGUAAUUUUAUCUUAAGUUGGUCGGACCAGUGAAACUACAGCACUGCCUAAUAGUCUUAAAAACACACUGCCAAUUGUUUCCCCUUUAGAUUCAGUGUAAAGAAGUUUAACUACGUGCUUAAUCGAUGAUGUAUUAUGAACAUGAAGUGCAAUUUUAAAUCUGUUUUUCUGCAUUAUGAAAAACAAGGACGGCUGUUUGGCUUUCACUUUAAGGAAUAAUAGCAUAAACUGACAGAAAAAGGGUCUUUUUGUUCUGUAAUAUAACAGAAAAUGUUUUUGUUUUUUUUAAAUUCUGGAUAAAAUGAAUAAAUAAAAGGUCUUUACUGUUAAUUUUACAGAAUUAUUUUAUUUUUUGUUUAGGUGUAUUAUGCUAGGCUGUGCGUGAUAUUUUUGUCAGUAAUAAUAAAAUAUUAAAACUGACCAAAAUGCAGUGAAAUGUCAAAAAUGUACAUUUUUCUUCUUUGCAAUAUUCUAAACCCAUCUGCUGGGCCGGAUUGGACCCCUUUGGUGGGCCGGUUCUGGCCCCCAGGCUGUAUGUUUGACACCCCUGUUGUAAACUGUUUUCAACAACUGCAUUCCCUUCAGGAUGGAAUUGACUGGAUUUGUUUUGUUUUUUCGCUGCAAGAUUUUAUUUAUCAUUAAAAAUAAUUCAUGUGAUAUACUUUUAAGAAGUCUUUAGGAUUUCGUGCGACUUUGUAAUUCUGUGUUCAUGCAGAUUUAUUUUCACCAGGCUGUAAGAUGUCCAUAAAUCUCUCCGGCUAAAGAUGUUUUGAAGCUCGUCAGUGUUUAAGCUGAGAUUUAAUAAAAAGUUUGACGAGC